AUGAGCAGCGUCAGCGUAAGUCUGACCUCCUUCACAGGAGGAUGCUCCAAAAUCAGCACCGUCAGCCUGCAGCUGCUAAACUGGGAUUUAUGUUGGACUGAGACUCAGCUGGAUGCUGCGGAGGAGUUGCUAGGAUACGGGGCAGGGAUUUGGUUUUCACAUGAGAACAUUCUGUGUGCACAGAAACGAGAGCGCGACCAGAGGAGGAAGCUGCAGCAUUUUCUCAGUGACCUGGCUCUACUGGGAUCACUGCAGGGUUUUAAAUACUUCCAGCCUUGGCUCAGAGGCAAAGAAGAGCUGCUGCUCACCGUCAUCAAUGAUGACCCGGGUUGGCGCUCCCCGGGGUUCCUGGUGUCCAGAGCCUCCUCUCACUCCUCCUGCAGCAGCUCUAACAGCAGUGACGUCUCCUCCAGCAGCUCCUCUUCCACCCUGGACAGCAGGACCAGUUCCCCUCUGCCAGAGAAGCCCUCAGACCCGCCGCAGACCACCAGAGUCCCCAGCAGUGAGGAACAUCUCCUCCCAGCGUCUCCCAGUGAGAGAGAGAUGGCGGUUCCUGAGGUGAACUGCACUCUGUUUCUACUGGCUGGCUAUGUGAAGUAUGGACGUCCUCACGCCUGGAUACGCUCCAAUCACGACCGCCUGGUCACGAUUGGUGGCACCGACUCCAUGGUCAGAGACACGCCCAUGAAGCUGAAGUCCAUCGCGGACUGGCAGACACGAGGAACACGGAUCUGGGACAUCGUCAGCGAGCUGGUGUGCUUGUGCACCAUUCCAUGUCCUUCCAACCCUUUUGCACUGGACAUGCACUACAUCCAGAGUCUUGCGGUCCCCGAGAGCUUCCUGGUGACUGGAGCUCUGCUGAACUUCCUGGAGGCGUACGUGGUCUACGGGCACAGAGAUGAGCUGCACUACGACAAAGUGGUGGACGAGGUGAAGCCUCUGAGACGUCUCCAUGUCCAGUCGCUGCUGCAGCUGCAGAGACUCAAAGCCGGCUCGGGGUCGACCAGUAGUCCUGCAGUGCAGUACGUGUCCGGCGAGGAGUGACCCCAGAACACCCCGAUCAGGCCUCCACAGAC